ACGCUCCUGGUCAGCUUCCCCGCGUCGUCCCCAACGACUGCACACACACACACCCCAGGACCUCCCCCAGCGGCCUUUCAGCUUUCUCCAGCCUGCCCUAGGGCCAGUUCCCAUGCGCCCGCUCCUCCAAACCCUGGAGUCAGGAUGCUGUCCAGUUGCCCUGACAGCCUGAUGCCCGCCGGCCACCCUGCGGUCCCCCGCCUCUGCUGACUCGGGCUUCCGGGCCGCCUUAGAAAUGCAGAUUGUGUAACGCGGGCUGCGGGGCAGAGCGCGUGCAAGAUCUGCACCCCUCAAACCACCAGCAGUGCAGGAGGCCAAGUUGACAGAGUGAGGUUUGGGGAAGAAGGUGCCAGAAGGCCCAGCCAGAGUCUGUGCAUUCAGGGAAAUCUCAUUUUCAGCUUCUGCCAGAGCUGAUAGCAGUUGGGAAAGAAGGCUGUGCUCUUUAAAGAGUGUCAGCCAACUUCAAAAGCAGGAUGGAUCUUGACGUGGUUAACAUGUUUGUGAUUGCGGGAGGGACACUGGCCAUCCCAAUCCUGGCAUUUGUAGCCUCAUUUCUCCUGUGGCCUUCUGCACUGAUAAGAAUCUAUUAUUGGUACUGGCGGAGGACAUUGGGCAUGCAGGUCCGCUAUGUUCACCAUGAAGACUAUCAGUUCUGUUAUUCCUUCCGGGGCAGGCCUGGGCCCAAGCCCUCCAUCCUCAUGCUCCACGGAUUCUCUGCACACAAGGACAUGUGGCUCAGUGUGGUCAAGUUCCUUCCAAAGAACCUACACUUGGUCUGCGUGGACAUGCCAGGACAUGAGGGCACCACUCGCUCCUCCCUGGAUGACUUGUCCAUAGAUGGGCAAGUCAAGAGGAUACGCCAGUUUGUAGAAUGCCUUAAGCUGAACAAAAAACCCUUCCACCUGGUAGGCACCUCCAUGGGUGGCAAUGUUGCUGGGGUGUACGCUGCUUACUACCCAUCAGAUGUCUCCAGCCUAUGCCUCGUAUGCCCCGCUGGCCUGCAGUACUCAUCUGAUAAUCAGUUUGUACAGCGGCUGAAAGAGCUGAAGGAUUCUGCUGCUGUUGAGAAGAUUCCCUUGAUCCCGUCCACCCCAGAAGAGAUGAGUGAAAUGCUCCAGCUCUGCUCAUAUGUUCGUUUCAAGGUGCCCCAGCAGAUCCUACAAGGCCUUGUUGAUGUCCGCAUCCCUCAUAACAACUUCUACCGGAAGUUGUUUUUAGAAAUCGUCAGUGAGAAGUCCAGAUACUCUCUCCAUCAGAACAUGGACAAGAUCAAAGUCCCAACACAGAUCAUCUGGGGAAAACAGGACCAGGUGCUCGAUGUGUCUGGUGCAGACAUGUUGGCCAAGUCAAUUGCUGACUGCCAGGUAGAACUUCUGGAAAACUGUGGGCACUCUGUGGUGAUGGAGAGACCCAGGAAGACAGCCAAGCUCAUCGUUGACUUUUUAGCUUCCGUGCACAACACAGACAACAAUAAGAAGCUGGACUGAGGUGCCAUCUGUAGCCUGCAUUCUGCACACGGCAUCUACUCCCAUUCCCAAAUCUGACAUGGCCACCACUCUCAGGGAUCCUGCCCCAAAUGUGGUCGGUGUGCCAGCAUCCCUGAGGAAACCAGUCCUCUCUCCUAGGUAUCCACAAUUACACAGAGCUCCGGGGCCACGAGAAAAUCUCCAAGAUCUUUUUCACAAAACAAAAACUUAUAUGUAACAAAAUAAGAAACCCAGCCAUGAAAUAGACCAAGAAGUCUUCAAGUUCAUGUCAUUGAUGAGCUUGUGCAAAACAGCCACCUUGGACCAUAAUCACUGAGGACAUUUUAAGACAUUCCUUAUAGAUUAAGACUGGAUAUUUUGUUGCUUCAGAUCUAUUUCCUUGCAUGGUCAGUGGCUUUAAUAGGAGCAUUAGUCCCCAUUCUCUGAACCCUCUUGUUUAGGUCUAAUUUAAGUUUUACAUAGAGACUCGUGUGAAUGUAGUCCAUGAGAGGCAAGACCGGGGAGGAAAAUGGCAAGCUGUAGGUAUAGUGUAUUUCCACACACGGAGGGGCACUGUUUUGCCCCAGCCAGCCCCUGGACCUGCUGGAGCAGCAGAGCACACAGGUGGGUGGUUUUUUGGGCACCCAUAAACCAGAUAUGUUGUGAGUGAACCCAGAACAGUCACAGAAUGAAGAACACUUGGCAGGGUGGGUUUCCUAGGAAUAAUUUAUUGUUUUUAAAAAUAGGACUAAUAAUAAAGCAAUAAUGUUCUAGACAUAUCUCUAAUCAGACUCAGAUUCCACACGUAAGCAACAAUUCAUAGGCCUCUUUUCUAUUCUGCACUGAAAUGCUUGGAUGUAAAAUAUGUUAAUGAAUUCUGUGAAUUCUGUGAACAGUAAUUGAGAAUAAGUCUAAACAGCUAUAAAAGGACCACAAUGACAUGAAAUAAAUUUAAUAAGUCUAGAUUGGCAACCAUGCAGGUGGUUUCUAUUCCUGAGCUCCUAAUUAAGGGCAAACUGGGCAGAUUUUCUGUUAACUUUAAAAUGUGUUUUUUAAAGUACGGCUGGUUCUGCAGGCUUUGGAAGUCUUUGCACAGAUGAUUUAUUAGUUUCAUUUUAAGAAAUCACAUCACAAGAAUGGAAAAGCAAGUAUCCAAUGUACUCAAUACUAAUAUGAAGCCAGUAGAUGAUCUAAUGCAUGCCCACAUAAGAGAAAAAGUCAAUUCAGUUCAACUUGGGAGGGGCGAGAGGGGAGGAAGGAAGGGGUAAGAAAAAAAAUCACGUUUGCAGUUUUCCAUUGAAAUUGUGUAUCAGGGGUAGCACCUGUGGCUCAAGGAGUAGGGUGCCGGUUCCAUAUGCCAGAGGUGGCGAGUUCAAACCCAGCCCUGGCCAAAAAAAAAGAAA